AUGGCCUGGGACCUUUUGCGCGUCAACUUUACGCUGCCUGAUGCCGACGACAGCGCUGUGCUUGCUGCGCUCCAAGCCCGACUUCGUCCAUACCGCAUCGAAGAAGGCUCUGCUCCGCACGAUCCAAGCGACGCGUUGUGGCUGCCGCUGCUCCUCACGGGGUCGCCGGGCAUUGGCAAGUCGGUGCUUCUCAUCCUCUUUUGCGCUUACCUCGGUGUGUACCACGACGUCAACAUUCUACUCGUGCGCCGCGUGAAGAACAUCGAUUGGGACACCCCGGAUGGCGCUACGCUGGGCGACGCUGUCUUUUGGUUUCGCGGUGGGCACGUGACCAAGUACCCCGACUUCAACCGAGACAACUUCUCGCACCUCCUCGACGCGUUCAAGUCCGAGACCCACGCCAAAGGAAAAACGCACCUCUGCCGUGGCCUCGAGUGA